AUGUUUAUUUUAUUCCUUCUUGUUUGUUUUGCUUCCGCAAACUACUAUCAGCAGGCUCAUUAUGACCAAUACAACUACUACAAUCGUAAUCCGCAAUACGAAGGGAUGAGACCACAACCAUUAUCGUAUCAGGCGUAUCAAAAAUCAAAAGGUGGAUCCUACUACAAUCCACCAACUCCAUUCCCGCCUUACGUUCAGCAAACGGUAGCACCGACUCCAAUAGUAACCACCACUACCACCACCACCACCAUGGAAGCUCCAACAAGUGCGAGUCAAGUUCAUGCUCGUUAUCAGCCAUUAUUCAAUGGGAUCAGUAAUAUUGUUGGGUCCGCUCAUGAAUUGUUCGGAUUUUGA